UGUUACUGAAUAUGAGAGCAGGAUUCUAAAUCGACAUUUUGCACGUUUAUGCAUUCGCUUCUAUACUUAGAUAAGUUGGAUUUAAUAGGAGUUUAUGAAAGUUAAAAUCAGGUUAAAACUAUACGGGGAGGGGUAGUGUUUGCGAAUCUCAGAUCGACUCACUUCAGUGGAGCUAAUUGUCUCCGUGUGGUCAUCUCGGAAUCGAUAAUGCAAGUUCGAGUUGUCAAUGUUUAUGGUGGAUGAUCACCCCACUCGUUUAUUCACGAUGCUUUAUAGAAACUAUGUGCUGGAAUAUAUUUACUUGUUGAGUUUUGUUCUUUUUCGGAUUAUAUAUUUGGCGGAUUGUAACGAACGUGGCUCAAGUGAGAGACUGUCCACAGAGGGUCGCCUCAUCAAAAAACUGCUGAGUAAAAAUCACUAUGAGAACAGAUCAAGACCGGUCCGCAACGCUUCCCAUCCAUUGAAAUUAAAUGUUACAUUCAGCCUCUUCCAGAUCAUCGACGUGGAUGAUCGCGGUCAAACAGUCACAGUCGCUGGUUACUUGGACGUGUUCUGGCGAGAUGAGAACAUUCAGUGGAACCCCAAGGAAUAUGAUGACAUCACAACACUAGUGGUGCCUUCCAUCGAUGUCUGGGUGCCUGACCUCGGCCUCAUUAACAGUGUGGACGGGGACUUCGACUUCUCUCGGGACAACUCUCGCCGCGUACAGAUCACGAGUACAGGCGACACGUUAUGGUCACCAGGAGGAAUAUACAGGGUCGGAUGCUCAUUGGACAUGACUUAUUUUCCUUUCGACCGGCACCGCUGCAAACUGACAUUCUCUUUCUGGCUUCAUAGCGCCAAGUUAAUAGUGCUCAAAUCCAUGGUUGACGAGGCCGUCACCGCCUUAUACGUGCCCAACGGACAGUGGGAGUUAGAAAGGACGACUGCCCAUGGCAGUAUCAUAUCAACCAACGGGAACGAAUCGGACCCAAACUAUUACUUCUCACAUCUCUUCGUGCAUGUGGAGAUGAAAAGAAAGCCAGGGUUUUACAUCAUGAACGUGAUCCUACCAUGUAUCUCCAUCUCCUUUCUUGUGCUGACUCUGUUUUACCUUCCCUGUGAUUCUGGUGAGAAGGUAUCCCUGGGUAUCACGGUACUGUUGGCCUUCUCCGUCUUCCAGCUGGCCGUGGCUGAUACUAUGCCUAAAGCAUUCAAUACUACUCCAGUCAUUCUCAUCUACCUCAGUACACUAAUGGCCCUCGCCACCAUCUCGACAAUCCUUGCAGUGUUAGUCCUAAACAUUCACCACACCGACGGUGACGUCCAACUGCCGCCCUGGGUCAGGACACUCGUCUUCAAAGGCCUGGCCAGGAUAUUCUGCGGGCGGACGGAGUACGCCGAGUUUGCUGAGGAGAGGGUCGUGCAGCACGAUGAUGAACGGACUCAUCAUGUCUUCAGGUUUACAAAUACCCUUAAAACCCGGGGAGAAAACGGUGGACUAUUUGAUAUUCCUCAACAACAGGAGGAGACGCGGCCAACUUCAUUAGAUGCAAUAUUAAAUAUAAUUGAAAACAUGUACAGGGAUAUGUGUAAAUUUUACCGGCGGUUGGAGGAGCGGGAUCAUAUGGAGAGAGUGAAGAGGGAAUGGCGAGCGGCGGCAAGGGUCAUUGACAGAUUCUUUAUUGUGAUCUUCCUCGUUGGAAGUACAGCAUUUACUGUAUGCUGUUUACUUAUUGCCCCCACCAUUAAUGCACAUACUCCUAUACCGGAAAUUGACUACCAUAAUCUCAGAUGAGGUCGCCGUCACCUUCUUAAAAUGCAUGACGGCAUGUGUACCGAGUGAUAUCAGGAGG